AAGCCCCUUCGUUCCACAUUUUCAUUCAUUUUUCUUCUUCUUCUUCUUCCAUUCUCAAUUUCACAAUGCUACAGGACAUGUGGAACGCUCCUCCGGGCUUCAGGCCUUCCAAAUCCGCCCCUUCUUCUCCGGCCAAGCCUCUCGCCGCCGUCUCCAGGCUCCGUCCCGAUCCCUACCAUGUCACUCACAAGGUUCCAGUUGGUGAUACUCCGUACGUUAGGGCAAAAAAUGUUCAGUUAGUUGCGAAGGAUCCGGAUAAGGCGAUUCCUCUCUUUUGGGCUGCGAUUAAUGCAGGGGAUAGAGUUGAUAGUGCCUUGAAAGAUAUGGCCAUUGUGAUGAAACAACAGAAUCGAGCCGAAGAAGCGAUUGAAGCGAUCAAAUCGUUGCGAAAUCGAUGUUCUGAUCAGGCUCAGGAGUCUCUGGAUAAUAUUCUUCUCGAUUUAUACAAGAGAUGUGGAAGAUUAGACGACCAGAUAGCUCUUUUGAAGCAUAAACUGUUCUUGAUUCAACAAGGUUUAGCGUUUAACGGUAAGCGGACUAAAACCGCUCGAUCUCAAGGGAAGAAGUUCCAAGUUUCUGUUGAGCAAGAAGCAACUAGAUUACUGGGGAAUUUGGGAUGGGCGCUGAUGCAGCAAAACAACUAUGUUGAAGCAGAAGAUGCCUAUAGAAAAGCACUUACAAUUGCACCAGAUAAUAACAAAAUGUGUAACCUUGGAAUCUGUUUGAUGAAACAAGGGAGAAUUUCAGAGGCUAAAGAAAAUCUAAGAAGAGUUAAACCAGCAGUUGUAGAUGGGCCAAGAGGCACAGAUUCUCACCUCAAAGCUUAUGAAAGGGCACAACAAAUGCUCAAAGAUCUUGAGUCGGAAAUGAUGAAUAGGGGAGGCGACAGGCUCGAACAAAGACGGUUGUUCGAUGCCUUUCUCGGUUCUUCUUCGAUUUGGCAACCUCAGCCUUGCAAGGAUCACACAACAACCUUACCAACAUUGCCUGUCACAAAUCCUGUUAGGACAAUUCAAGAUGAUUUUGGUGAUGAGAAUAUUGAUAUGAACUUGUUAGCAAACCAAAUGGUUCCUCCUCCUCAACAACAAAAGUUUAUCAAACAAGUUCAAGUUCCUUUAGGGAACUCAUUGAAUGUUGCUGCACAACCAUUUUUUUCAUCAAAAUUUGUUAAUGAACCCAUUACUAAAGGCCCCUUAGGAAACCAAUUUCCUGAAGGCUUGAAGAGAACAAGGUCUGGAAAUGCAGCCAACUCAAUGAGAGUGAAUGAUUUGGUGGAAACAAAAAGGCCAUUUUUAGUUGAAUUAGGAAGGCCAGAAACUAAGACAAGGAAGCCAUCUCCUGCCUCUGAGGAGACAGACAAAUGGGCAGAAAUUUUGCCUGAUGACAAUGACUUUGAAGAGGCUAUUCUUGCUGCUGUUCUGGGAUCAACAGAUGAUGAAGCAGUGAAGAAAACAACAAGCAAUGCUGGCGGUGGCGGUGGGGGCGGCGGCGUAAUUCAGAGGAAAAUUGAGAAGAGGCUCAAGGUUUUUGAAGACAUUACACUUUCCUUGAGUCCCAGAGCCUAACUAUUCUAAUUUAACAAUAAGUAUUUUUUUACCUUUCUAAUUGAAUUAUUCCUAAUUUUUUAGUAAUUAGGGCAGAGGAGAUGAACUUGUUCUCCCUUGCUUACUUUGGUAACCACUCUUCAUAAGCUUAUUUGUUGUUCUCUAUUUAUGCCUGUGAUAUAUGGGGCAUAUGAUGAUGGUAUUAAUAAAAUUUGUUCUAGUUUG